AUGGCCAAAGCUCUGCUGCUGCUGUCACUUCUCGGCCUUGCCCACGCGCAGUAUAUCACUUAUACGGGCUGCCACAACCACGGCAGCACCGAGUACUGCUUUGGUCCAGAUGGAAAGGAAACCCCAUUCCCCACGGCGAGUCCGUCGGCUUCCAAGACAGUUCCUGUAACCGCCGCCGCCAGCACGACCACCUCCGCUGACGCCUCCGCCGUGACGGGAUGCCACAGCCACGGCAGCGAUGUAUUCUGUAUCGACGCGGAUGGUCACGAGGUGCAAGUGAUGCUGCCGUCGACACCGACAGGGGAACUGCCGGCCCAGUACACGGGAUGCCAUUCUCAUGGUGAAGAGAGGUUCUGCAUGGAUUCUGAGGGAAACGACGUCCAGAUCGUCGGAGAAGGAGAUGCGACAGAAGGUUCCUCUUCAUCUGGCUCGAGCGAGGAAUCGCACUCGGGCUCAAAGGCGGGCAUGAACUGUCACUUCCACGCGGGUGUCGAGCACUGCGUUGGUGCAGGAGAAUCCGAAAGUGGAAGCAGCCAAAAAUCCUGUGGUCUCCGAAGCCGCGACUACGACGUCCCCCUGCGCAUCGGGACCCUGUUCGUCGUGCUCGUCACCAGCUCCAUCGGCGUGUUACUGCCAAUGCUCCUGGUCAAACUGCCCUCUGCCAAGAUAAACGGAGUCGUCUCGACGGUGAUCAAGCAGUUCGGAACGGGUGUCAUCCUCUCCACUGCGUUUGUGCAUCUCUACACGCACGCCAACCUCAUGUUCACCAACGAGUGUCUCGGCGAACUCGAAUACGAAGCCACCACCUCCGCCAUCGUCAUGGCCGGCAUCUUCCUCUCCUUUCUCGUCGAGUACAUUGGCCACCGCAUCAUUCUCGUCCGCGGGAAACGGUCCGCCUCACCCUGUCCCGAGCAGACUGGCGAAGUCACACCUUCACCCACAAGCAAAGAACCACCCUCCAACCAACCGCAGCAACCGACCCUUGCCGCCCUGGGCCAUCACCACGGCCCUCCACUCGACCCCACAAACCCCAACACCAAGCUCUCCGUGCUGGUCAUGGAAGCCGGCGUGAUCUUCCACAGCAUCCUGAUCGGACUGACCCUCGUGGUUGCCGGGGACUCGUUCUACAAGACAGUGCUGGUGGUGAUUGUAUUCCACCAGUUCUUCGAGGGCCUAGCGCUCGGUGCGCGGAUCGCGAUGCUCCCAGGCCCGCUGCUGGGGUCUAAGGCGCUGAUGGCGGGUGCAUUUGCAGUGAUCACGCCGAUCGGUAUGGCGAUCGGGCUCGGAGUGCUGCAUUCGUUUAACGGGAAGGAUCAGAGCACGAUUGUGGCGCUGGGGACGCUGGAUGCACUGUCGGCGGGCAUCCUGGUGUGGGUUGGAGUGGUCGAUAUGUGGGCUCGGGACUGGGUGAUGGAGGGCGGCGAGAUGAUGAAUGCCAGAAUGAGCAGCGUGGCUGUUGGAGGGUUGUCGCUGAUUGCGGGGAUGGUCUUGAUGGGGGUGUUGGGGAAGUGGGCUUGA